UUUGACAAGGUGAACCGGAAAUACUCCCGUUUGCUAUGUUCGAAGAUCCUGUGUCUUCGGUUUCUGGUACAAACAAUGCAGGUACUGCACUCUUGAUUUUCAUUCACUCCAAAUUAAAGUGUACCUUUUUUCCUUUUCGCAUUUAAAUCAAUAUUCUUAUCGUCAACUAACUCCUGAAUGACCUUUUGUAGGGCUCGCAGUAGCUGUGUAUGCUUGCAAAACGAGGCAAAGUUAGCAUUAGCUAGUUUGGUUUGAAUUGGGUAUAACAAUGGCUCCAGAAUAAAGGUUGUCAAAUCCGUGUUACUUACUCACUGGAUGAUUUUUGGUGUAUUCUUUGUGUUUUUCUGCUCAUCUUCUGCUGUCCCACAGCAAAGAGAGGAGAAGCAGCUGGAGGCGUCUGUGGAGUCGCUGGUCUCUCGGGUCGCGCACGUCAAAAGCGCUCUGCACAGUUUCAUCUAUAAACUGGAGAAUGAAUAUGAGAGAUUAACAUGGUAGGUAACCUGAAGAACUCAGGAGUUUAUGCUGGUGCUGUUGGAUACUCUGUGGUAUCAGACCUAUACACACGCACCACAGGUCAAAUAAGGUCCUUAUUAAAAGUUAGCAUUUUCACCGGAGAGCGGUUAGGGGAGAGUGGGGUAAGAUGAGCCAUUUUUCACAUUUCAAAUCACUACAUCAAGGCAAUCAUAGUGUUGUCUCUAACUAGUGUAUCUGCAUAUAUUUCAAGAUGUUCAUCCCUGUAAACCAACAGAAGGAGUGUAAACCAGAGACUGUAUAUAGAAUGGACAGAGUCUGCCUCCUUGCUGGGUGAAGCCACUCCAAGAACAGCACCCUCUGUUGACGGGCUGCAGUAUUGGUCAUAAAUCUCGCCUACGCCAGCAAAACUUAUGGAGCUGUGGAUAAACUUUAGAAAUUUAUUACACAGAACAUAAAUUUUUCUCCCCCCUGCUUGUGAUGUUGACAUGUAGUUACAGUAAGGCUGGUUUGUGCUCAAGUCCUCUUUUUUCUGUGAAGCUCCUUUUUUAAAAGUAAUUAGGGGGUUCAUGUUUUCUAUGAUUGACACCUGAUACAGCCUAUUGGCGUUCAGGGAUUGCAUAGCUCACCCGGGGAUACGCUGUUUGAGCCAAGCGUCAUCACAGCAACUCUCCCGCUGAAUGCGCACAACGCUACUGCGCAAUGCUGGUUUCAGGAAAUGAAGAAAAAUCGCAGAAAUACAGAAACCUUUUUGGCUUCAAAUCCAUAUACUGGCGGGAGGCAGAACCAAGUUGUCCAUAGUAUAUACAGUCUAUGGUGUAAACAUAACUGUCUUGUGUUAUAGCAUACCAAAAAAAGUAGUCUCCUAUGGUCAACUUACCCUGUGUAUGGGGUAAGUUGACCAUAGGAGCGGGUUAAGUUGAGCCGUAUCCCUACUAACCCCCCCCCCCCCCCCCCACUCUCCACCCCAGCCCUCCUUCAUCUUGUCUCUCCCUAAAAAAACAGUCACUUCUUCACAUUCAUGUGUAUUUUAUCUAUUAUACACUGAACUGGUACAGUAAUUCUUUUUAUUAUUAUAGCAUAUAACUGUUAAAAAGCUGUUUUGUUAAAAGCCAUUUUAGCACAAGAAUGCCUUUAAGUGGUUCAGAACAUUCACAGCUGUAUUUUUGAAAAGACAAAGUAACACAUUUCAACAAUCUGAACUGAAACUCUGAUCCUCUCAUCAGACUCCUAAGGAAACAUGAAUUGUACACUUACAUUUGUAUACAAACACCUUUCAUCUUUUCAAUUACUUAAAACACAGAUUUCCCUCCCAUGAUUAAUGAAGUAUGUGAAAUACAUAAAUGUAUAGAGAUAAUGAUAUAAAACCAAUUAGGUUAAAUAUCUUAACUAUCACAAGCACAUAUGCCUAAAUGUGGAUGCUUAUUUGCCUCACAUGCUGUGAUCUGUGUUUGUCUCGUUCAGGCCCUCUGUUUUGGACAACUUUGCUCUUCUGUCUGGUCAGCUGAACACAAUCAACAAACUUCUGAAGAAUGAGAAGACACCGUCUUUUCGCAACCAAGUCAUAAUACCACUGCUCCUGUCUCCAGACCGAGAUGAGGAUUUAGCUGUGAGUAUUGAAGCUGCCGAGUGAUGUGCCAGCUUCUUUGAGAAUCACACCAACUUAUGGUUUACCUCUUCUGCUUGUUCCUUCACAGAAACUCACAGAGCAGCGCGUGCCAGUCUUCAGUCAUGAGAUUGUACCAGACUACCUGAGAACCAAGCCUGAUCCUGAAGUGGAGGAGCAGGAGAAGCAGCUGAGUGCAGAGGCAGCACGCAUCGGCCCAGAUGUGGCACAGGUCAGUUACAUACAGAAUGAGCGAAUGAAUGUUGUCUCUGGAGUAAGCAAUGGUUUCACUGUUGGGGGGGGGGGGGGUUAUGAAAUCAUCUUCCCGGACAGAAAUGGUUAUAUAAUCAUCUUCCUUACAUUUCUAACAUAAGGGAAAUACCUUGCAUUAUUCAACUCUGGUUUAAUUUCUACCAACAGAAACAGAUUCAGACGUUAAAUAAAUUGUGUUCCAACCUGCUGGAGAAGCUCAACAAUCCUCGUGACGACAGAGAUGCAGAAAGUGCAGGUGUGUUGCAAUUAGAUUGUCCAUAUAGUCAACCACAAGCUGAUUCAUGAAUUUAACACUGCCAACUUUUCUGACUGUUUCCCAGCAAUACGUCAGAACAAACCAUCUUUCAACCCUGCUGACACUAACGCUUUGGUUGGAGCUGUUGCAUUUGGAAAAGGGCUCUCCAAGUGUCGGCCUCCUGGCCAGGUAGCCGCUGGCCAUCCAGGGCAGGGGCCCAUGAUAAGUGGAGGUCCGACCUUACAGCAGGUUACUAUCGGUGGGGGUUCAAGCCAGCAGGCAGGUAUCGGUGGACCUGUGGCUCCUCAGCAGCAAGGGCAGCCAGGUAGGAGACCUGGAGAACUGGGUUAGUAUUUCACACACAAAGGCUAAGUGUUUGUUUUAUAAUAAACUACACCACAUGUGUUUACACUUUAAAAACAGAGAAGAUCGCUAAACCAAGGCAGUUCUGACGACCAACUCUGUCUGUUCUUCAAUUUCUGACCUUUAUUUUGAGAGUAUUCUGAUCAUUUCUGUUUGAAAACUUCUCUAUUUAAAGAAUAUGGAUGGAUUUAAUAAGAUUUAAUAGAUUCUAAAUGAAGGGUAUAUGAAAACAGAUUAUUAUUAGGUAUUUUAAAAACUUUUAGGCACAUCAUCAGACCACAUAGAGCAAUAAUUGGUUACUGGUCAGAAAUAAAUUGUCAUUUUUUUUCAUACAGUUUUCAAAGAUGUUUUCAGGGUUAGGGUAAACCUGUUUGUGUCUCUCUGCUGUCAUUGACCAUGCUGCUGGACACCUUAUCAUCCAAGAGACCUGCUCUCUCAUAUGUGCACAUACAGUCUAUCGGAUAUUUUAGAGUAAGAGCAUACUCUGAGAUGGAACAAUUAGGGGUCUGAAUGGUAUCACCACAAUCUGGAUUAUUAUAGAGUAAUUUAAAGGGAUAUUCUGGCAUAAAUCUAAAUUAUGGUCAAACACACCGUAACAGAUGAUCGAGAGAUGAAUGUUGCCGCUUGCUUCUCUAGUUAUAUCAACUUUAGUAACAACCGCACGAUAGCAAUACACAGUGGUCUGAAGAGCCAUACACAAACCUCAACCAAAGAGUUACUCUAUAGCUACAAAUAAUGCUCAGAACAGCACCUAACUUCAUCAACAGUACAUGUAGGGUCCCAGCCAUAGUACUAGCCACCAAACAUCUUUUUAGCUUUGCCCAAUUUCUUUAGCAAAGAGACUAAACACAACUCACCUUCUCUCUUCCAGCAGCCGCUUAUUUGUACGGAGAUUUCAGGCGAGUCCAUUGCGGACUGCAGUGGGGUGAUGCAGCUCAAGGAAUAACAUUUAUGAUAAUUUCUAUAUCAUUUCCUUGAAGUGAUAAUCAUCAUAAUAAUCAUUUUGCACUGCAGAUGUGGUAGUUCUUCGGCCAUAGCGUCUCAGUCUGAUUGCAUUUCCGUGACGUAAUGAGCAUAAGUAUUCUUCCUUGAACUGCGAAACUGCACUGCACUUGAUGAUCGACUCGUUAGGGCUCCCCCGCAAACAAGCGGCUGCUGGAAGAGAGCAGGUGAGUUGUGUUUAGUCUCUUUGCUAAAGAAACCAGGCAAAGCUAAAAAGAUGUUUGCUAGUACUAUGGCUGGGACCCUAUAUGUACUGUUGAUGAAGUUAGGUGCUGUUCUGAGCAUUAUUUGUGGCUAUAGAGUGCCGUUUUGGUUGAGCGCAUAUCUGUUUUGUUACGGUGUGGUCGUUACUAAAGUUGGUAUAGCUCGAGAAGCAAGCAGUCGGCAACAUUCAUCUCUCGAGGGGGUGUCUAACUCGGUGUUACGAUGUGUUUAACCCUAAAUUAAUCUUAUGCCGCAAUAUCCAUUUAAUGGUCAUUGGCCAAAGCCCCAGAGCAGAGAAUUCGCUCUCCUUUUUACUUCAUAACACUGCUGCUGCAUUACUUUCUUUGCAUGGAAUUAUUUUUACUUCUCUUUUUAUUUUGCUUUAAUUAUUAAAUGUAAUUAAAAUAAACCAAAUUAUUCCCAUCAAACAUGAGGUCUGGUGAAAAACUAAAGGGUAAAAACAAAAGUAAUAGAUGGCUGAGAGAGCUAAGCUGUUCAUGACCAACACAUCACUUCAUUUUAAGAGCACAAAUAUUGUAUUCACAUAUUUUGAGAAUAGGUGUUGAUAAUUAUUUUAGCGCCGUAAGAGUCAGUUAUUUCCUUUUACAAGAUCAGAAAAGAUUUUUUUAUUGUUUUUCACAAGAUUAGGGACUAUGAAAUUUGCUCUGUCACUCUUGAUUUCAUGAAUAAAAGUGGUUAACUGCUGCAUCCGUACUAGACUGAACAGGUAACCAGGUUAGCACUGAAAUCAAGCAAAUAGUGUGUCACAUACAGUCUCUGUUAGUAUUCUACACAGAUACUUUGGUUACACUUUGAUUCAUACAAACAUUUCUUUACAUUUUGGUCCUUUAUCAAUUCUUGAUUCCCUUGUAUUUUCGUUUACAACCUCAUCAUUUCUUUUCGUAUGUGUAUCUAAACAGUUUGGAACAAUAAUCUGUGUUAAAUCUAUAUUUUUGGUGAUAUUUUCCCUUUCUUUCUUUUUAGGUAAAAUGCCAAGCAGCAUCAAGACAAACAUCAAAUCUGCGUCCAGCUCAAUGCAUCCUUACCCACGAUGAGCUUUAAAUGUCUUCUUUCUUCACUCAGCAUUUGUUCCAUCUCAGAGACUUGAUGUAAACAGAGGCUUUUCACCUUUCUGUCCUUAAAAUAAAGACCCUUUUAUUCUUGUGUAAUGGCCCAGCUUUUGUUGAGGUGAUUUCUCUGAUGUCUCAGAUAUUACAUUAAAAACAAUCAGGUAUUAAAUGUUCGUAUUUGCAGCCGUAGAGGUUGCGAGUCGAAAUGUUGACAUCAUACUGGUGCAGUUUUCUUUUGAGCCCCCAGAUGGCAGUAUGUCAUCAUUUAUCUGCUGUACAUGAAGCUUUAUAUUUGACUUGUUUUUUCAAAUAAAACAUGACAAAAGAG